AUGAAUUCAAUAAAAAUUCUACUCAUAUUAGCAGUAAGUUUACUGCUGCAAAUUGCCUUUUGCGCGUAUUUUUCACAGUUUUCAAUGAAAGAACCCGAACACGAUCCUUGUUACGAUUCGUCUGGGCGUUCUGUUCGUUGCAUUCCUGAUUUCAUCAAUGCUGCAUUUGGUAAACCUAUUAUUGCUUCAAGUACUUGUGGAUUAACAUCGCCUUCAAAAUUUUGCACGAUUCGAGAGAAUUCAAUUGGUAUUGUUCAAGAAGUGUGCGAUAUAUGUGAUGCAUAUAAUAAGAGUCGUGCUCAUCCAGCAUCAUUAUUAACCGAUCUUAACAAUUCACAGAAUGUUACUUGCUGGGUAUCUGAACCAACUACCGAAUAUCCACAUAAUAUUACUCUUACUUUAUCGCUUGGUAAGAAAUAUGAACUAACGUACGUGUCGAUGCAAUUUUGUAGCCGUCUUCCCGAUUCUAUGGCUAUAUAUAAGUCAAUGGAUUUUGGAAGGACAUGGAUUCCAUUUCAAUUUUAUUCGACACAAUGUAAACGAAUCUAUGGACGAACGCCAAACGUUCUCAUAAACAAACACAAUGAACAAGAAGCGCUAUGUACAGAUUCACACAUCUUAUCACCUAUGGCAAAUAGAAUAGCCUUUGCGACACUUGAGGGUCGGCCGUCCGCUUUUGAAUUUGAACAUUCACCCGUAUUACAAGACUGGGUUACUGCCACCGACAUUCGAAUUAUUUUUAAUCGCCUAAGCCCUGAUCAGGCUGAAAUUUAUGGAUUAAGCAACGAUAUAGGGAUUAACAUAACCGAUUCCUAUAUAGUUAAGCAAAGAUAUUUUUAUUCGAUGGGAGAAUUAGCUGUUGGUGGACGUUGUAAGUGCAAUGGACAUGCGUCAAGAUGUAUGUUUGAUAAAAUGGGCAAAUAUAUAUGUGAUUGUAAGCAUAAUACAGCUGGGCCUGAUUGUGAACGUUGCAAAACGUUUCACUUUGAUCGACCUUGGGGACGAGCCACUUCAACAAGUACUAAUCAAUGCAUUGCAUGCAAUUGUAAUUUACAUGCAAAAAAAUGUCGUUUCAAUAUGGAACUUUAUAAGUUGAGCGGCAAUAAAAGUGGUGGUGUUUGUAUAAAUUGUCGUCAUAAUACGGCCGGAAGAAACUGCCAUUAUUGUAAACCUGGAUAUUACAGAGAUAUUGCUAAGCCAAUAAUUCACCGAAGAGCCUGUAAAUAACGAAUGGUUUUGAAAAUUAAAGAAUGUUUCGAAUCAUUUAUAUGGGCUGAUAGCUAA